GGGAAUGUUGUUAUUGUUACACCAGUUUUAUUGACACGUCAUUUUUUGCGCUACGUCUGACGGAAGCGUAUUUGACAAACAGUUUGAUUCUCUCUGUACCCUUUGGGGCUUUUUGUUCAUAAGGAAACAUGUCCAACUCGGUAAUUUCAGUUAUUUCUCGAUUCCUGGAAGAAUACACGACCAAAACAUCGAAUAAAUUGAAAGUGGUCGACGCGUACCUUUUCUACAUCUUGCUAACCGGUGCAUUGCAGUUUCUGUACUGCUUGCUGGUUGGCACCUUCCCAUUCAACAGCUUCUUGGCCGGGUUCAUAUCAUGUGUUGGCGCCUUCAUCCUGGGAGUCUGCCUGCGUAUCCAGAUUAAUCCAGAUAACAAAGGAGACUUCCUGUCCAUCUCCCAGGAGAGGGCCUUUGCAGAUUUCUUAUUAGCCCACACUGUUUUGCACCUUGUGGUCAUUAAUUUCAUUGGUUGAGAAAACCAAUGAUUUAGAUCCUCAGAACAGAUGAACAACUGACAUGACCAAAAUGCACCUGUCACCUCAAGACAACAUUCAUACAAUUAGAUUGACCCUGUCUGGAAGUGCAGGGACAGCCAAAUAAUGACAGUAAUGGCCUAUAUGUUCUACAAAUUCCUGUAAUUUGGGUUUCUGAAAUAAUUAUUUUGUACUGUUUGUAUGAUUGUUGCAAUCCGAUUGAAAUAAAUGAAACAGAAUUCUGUUG